AUGGCUGACAUGACAGCAUUGAUAGUUAUCAGUUCCUUUAUCAUGUUCCCAGCUGUGAUGAUGGCACAGGAAGUUGUAAACCAUGGAGGUAAUGACUAAUGACAUCAGGACCAAAAUUUUAUUGCGCACCUGUUUGUAGGCAUUAUGUUUAGGCACCCUGUCGUUGUUUCACAUACAGAAAGCUGUCAAAAAAUCAUUCUGAAGUAACAAAAACAAAUGAAAUCAUGAUUUUUGCAUAUAAAAAAUGUGCGAUCAAGACUUCAAAACCAGCCAAACGCCUUUGUUCAAGACUGAUCCUCUGUUUUACUUUCUUAAUAGAUUUUAAAUGAAUUUGUAUCUUACAAAAUCGUGCUAUUAUUAUUAUUAUUAUUAUUGUUAUUAUUAUUAUUAUCGUCAUCUUCAUUUUUCUAUUGUUAUAAAAUUGUAAUUAUUCCUGUUCCUAUACUACCGUGGCGAAGGUUUAAAAUAGGGAGCUUAUAAAGCAACAACGACGGCGACUAUUACAAAAACGUCAAUAUUGAUAUCUGUAUUGUACUCUGGUUAUUGACCUGAUUGGUUAAUUAAGUCUCGAUGUGAUUGGUCCUCGUCAGUUAAGCCGUAAUGUUAUUGGUUAUGAAGACUCGGGUCGUUUCGAUCGGUCUUUUGUCACAGUUUAACUGCGACGAUCCAGCGACAAGAAAUGGUGAUGUCAACAAUUACACUUCUUAUUGAUGAACAUGCCCCAUUUCCAGGCGAAAAAUUAAAUCGACCAGGACUUUGCGACACGUAUUACGCAUUCUACAGACUACCAUAACUAGAACUCAUCUUAGAAAGCUGGCUUACAAAAUUAGACCAAAAGCCACUGGAAUGGCAGUCAACGGGCACGGUACAAACGACUUAUGGCGGACUCAAGCAAAACUGACAAAAACGGAAGAGACUUUAUAGGCAAGAGACAAUUUGACUAACAAUAAACGACUGUAACAACAAACGACAACAAAUGUGACAACUCAAGCAAAACUGAAAAAAACAAAAGAGACUUUAUAGGCAAGAGACAAUUUGACUAAAAAUAAACGUCUGUAACAACAAACGGCUUUGACUAUGAAGAUGACUACCCGACACAGUCCUAUUCAGAACUACACCCUGACGAUCAUGCUCCACCUACUUAUGGAUUUACAAUUACUGUUCAUUUAUUGUUUUGCUGUUUCGCAGUUUGUCCCGUUCCGAUGAAUAAAGAAGAAGAGGAGAUAAUUAAAGAGCAGGAAAGAAACAGAGAACAAAUGGAAGAGAUCAUGAGAGAGAUUGAAAUCAGUUGUUUAGGUGAGUGAUAAAAAACCAUGUGAAGAAGUUAUAACAGCUUCAGUUGUAGGGGACAUCGAUAUGAGAGGGCUAAAUUUUUAACAAUACCAAGUAACUGCACUGAAGCACACGUACCAUCUCCGCGGUAUGGCCAGUACAUUAUGCAUGCGCACAACCAUAUCACCCGAGCAGUGGCAGCUAUGGACAGCUGGUUCACUCUUAUUGGGGCUCACCAGCUUGGCAUAGCCAAUGGGUCAAUUAGCAGGGGAUAGCUGGCAGCCAACGGAAAAUUUUAAAACAACAACAAAGCGUGAAUAAAGCUUUCUGAAGCCAUUUUAAGCAUUUGAGAGAUUGCUAGGAAAAAUUAAUAUGUUGCUCACUCCCAGGAAGACUGAUGGAAGAGUUCCUAGCCAGCAAGGUGCACCUACAACCUACAACCUGACUUGCUGGAAGUUUCCCAGCAGACGUAUGUCCAGACAUUACUGGCCAGUUUUGGUGUGGUCAUAGGGCAAAAUUCACCCCUCAGCAGUGGGGUGGGGGAGGGGUUUCUGAUCAAAUCAAAUCCCCUCAACAUCAAAUCCCCUCGGACAGGACAUUAUUUCUUCUACAUCUUCCAGCCAGCAAAAAUGGGCCUGAAGAACAGAUAUUUGGAGGAACAGAUCCAUUGGGUGCCCCUGAGUGUAGCGUAGCAGCACUAUACGAUGCGUCCUUAGGGGGGCAAAGUUUCUUGAUUGAAGUUUUGAGACUAACGUUCCAAGUCCUUUAACAAACAUGUUUAGUGAAUCACGCCCUGGUUGGUGACAUUGAACGAAGACUAUUCAUAAAUUAUAAUAAUUUGAACUCAAUUGAACCGUUGCAAAUAAAUAAUUUAAACAACUCUUGAUAGGCUGAAAGUGAAAACGGACUUUGCAGGUGGAUUGCUUUACGUCAAAUAAAUUCUUAUAUCUAACUUCCACUUGCUGACUUGUAGAUGAGUGUAAAACAGGACAACAUAACUGCCACGAUGAUGCAUACUGCACCAACACCAAGCGUUCCUUCACUUGUACUUGUAAGCCUGGAUAUACUGGGGAUGGUGUUAAUUGUGCAGGUAGCAAACCAUACGGAGCUUAAACUAACAGGAGCUAAUCUUUAGUUUUAUGCUAUUCCAUACCAUAAAGAUUAGGGCCAAACAGAAAGCUGGAAACUGGUUUCAUAUUUAGUCAGUGGUAUUUGUCAGAUCGGUAGUUUCUCUGUGUUGUGGACGGGUGCAAUCACAAAAUGACGUAAUACAAAAGAUUAAAAAGACACUGAACAAUAUCCACACCACAUAACAAUAGCUAACCAAUAAUAACUUCCCCAUCACCAACAAAUACCCCACAAGUCGUAUCCUCGAAAAAUGUCUGGUGUUAGUUGCAGCCUCUAGAUUCCCCGUAGCCUGCGAACAAGCUUACAUGUGCGAUUUCGACGGAAAUUUCCUAGCCCUAUUAGUCUGCUCGAGCCGACAAAAUUUUCCUUUUCGCGGGCUAAAUUCCCCCAGCGAAUUAGCUUUCCAACUGUGCAACAUGUAAAACUUUGGUUUAUCAUUUGUAUUUUUUAGUUUUUUGGCAUUCAAUGUAACUUCCUUUUUCUGUUUCGUCCACUAUAAAAAUUUAUCAUUUUAUAAAUAUAUAAUAUAUAUCUAUCCCCGUUGGAUAGAAUCGACACAAAAAUCGAACAAGCCCGUUGAUAAUUCAGCAUUAACUCUUGAUCUGCAGACAUAAACGAGUGUGAAACUAGAAAACACCAAUGUGACGUCGAUAUUUCAGCGUGCGAUAACACUAAAGGAUCGUACAAGUGUGUCUGCAUGUGGGGUUUUUCCAAAAGUGGACAUGAACACAAAUGUACAGGUAAAUAUACCACCGAGCACUUCAAGAUAUCAAUUGAAAUGGAUACUUUAAAAAUGUCUUCUUCUUUUGUCGAAUUUAAGUGGGGUGAAUCAGGUUGAAAUGAUAAAAGCAUCGUCAAAAUAGGAACGUAUACCGCAUGUUAUAUAUGAUGCUUAACAGAUUUACAGUUUGAUAAUUCAGCAUUAAUUCUUAAUUUUCAGACAUAAACGAGUGUGAGACAGGAAAACACAACUGUGACAACACCAGUUCAUUGUGCCAAAACACUAAAGGAUCAUUUAGGUGUGUUUGCAGGGAAGGGUAUUCCGCAAGUGUACCUGAAUAUAAUUGUACAGGUAAAUAUACUGCCGAGCACUUCAAGAUAUGUUAAUUGAAAUGGGUACUUAAAUAUAUCUUCUUCUUUUCAAUUUUUCUUUUCGCGGGCUAAAUUCCCCCAGCGAAAGCUUUCCAAAUGUGCAACAUGCAAAUUGGUUUAUCAUUUGUAUUUUUUUGUUAUUCAGCAUUGAAUCUAACUUCCUUUUUUGUUUUGUCCACUACAAAAAUUUAUGAUUCUAUAAAAAUAUGAUAUAUAUCUAUCCUCAUUGGAUAGAAUCGACACAAAAAUCGAACCCGAUUGAUAAUUUAGCAUUAACUCUUGAUUUGCAGACAUAAACGAGUGUGAAACUGGAAACAACCAAUGUGACCCCGAUACUUCAGUGUGCGAGAACACUAAAGGAUCUUACAAGUGUGUCUGCAUGCCGGGUUUUUCCAAAAGUGGACAUGAACAUAAAUGUACAGGUAAAUAUACCACCGAGCACUUCAAGAUAUCAAUUGAAAUGGAUACUUUAAAAAUGUCUUCUUCUUUUGUCGAAUUUAAGUGGCGUGAAUCAGGUUGAAAUGAUAAAAGCAUCGUCAAAAUAGGAACGUAUACGGCAUAUUAUGAUGCUUAACAGACCUGCAGUUUGAUGAUUCAGCAUUAAUUCUUAAUUUUCAGACAUAAACGAGUGUGAGACAGGAAAACACAACUGUAACGCCACCAGUUCAUUGUGCCGUAACACUAUGGGAUCAUUUAGGUGUGCUUGCAGGAAGGGGUAUAACGAAAGUGUACCUGAACAUAAUUGUACAGGUAAAUAUAUA